CGAAAUAGAGAGAACAGAAGCAGAACAUUCUUUAAAGUGGCAACAAAUCAAACAAUUGUAUCUCAGUGCCACGGCUUUUGCGGUUGUGUUUAGCUUUUCGAAUAAAACAUGACUCGCAGCGAAAAAGUGAGAGCUCAACGUAAACACAAGCGGAUCUUACAACACUUUUGUGAAUCUAGUUCUAUUCACGGACUAAAGCACGUGUACGAAGAUGGUAGUUUGAUGUUCGAAAGAGUUGUGUGGAUUCUGGUAUUUCUGUCCGGUGUUUGUUUCUCAAGUUACUUUUGCUGGCAAGUAUGGCAAAAAUGGGAACAAUCGCCCGUACUUACGUCAGUGGAAACCCAACUCUACCCACUAAAGAAUGUUCCCUUUCCUGCCGUUACAAUCUGCAAUGUCAAUAAAAUCUCCGAAAGUAAGCUUUAUGAAGUAAUUUUAGCGAACCCCAAGUUUAAAAACGUUUCUUACACCAAGUUACAAUCGACGCUAAGAUUUAUGACGAAGCUUGACAGGGCUUUUGAUGAAUACAACGACGAGGAGAAUCAAGAAAAGCUGUUGGAAAUGAGUCAACUUUAUCAAGCCCGAAAUAUUUCAGCAUCUGAUUUGUUUGAAAUCUUGAAGAAGGCUGCACCAGCGUGUUCCGAUAUGAUGUUGGAUUGUAAAUGGCUGGAAUCUCCAGAACCGUGCAUGGAAUAUUUUUCGUUUUUACCGACCGACGACGGUAUGUGUUGCACAUUCAACGGCGCAAAAUAUUUGGACUCCAUGCUUGGAAUUGAGGCAAAUUCUAACGAAACCCGGGAACCUUUGCGAGUCAACGGUAAUGGAUAUCGGAUGGGCUUGACCCUAGUUAUCGAUGCGAAAUUGCGAGACUUCAGCGUGAUAAAUGGGAAAUUCGACGGUUUCAAAGUGUUGGUUCAUUCACCGGAAGAAUUUCCAGACGUGGCAGAUAGAGGAUUUGUAUUAGGUCUAGGAACCGAAACCUUUGUUGGAGUCAAAGUAACUACGUCUUUCUACACGGAGGAGGUUGCCAAAGAGGUUUCGCCAAAGAAACGUCAGUGCUUAAUGGAGGGUGAAAAGAACCUCAAAUAUUUCGAAUAUUAUAGCCGAUCAGCGUGCCAUAUCGAAUGCGAUACUCUCCUUAUGCAGGAACGCUGUCAAUGCCGUCCAUACUUCUUCAAAGGGGACAACGAAACGAGCUUUUGUGAAAUGCAAGCGUACAAGUGCAUUGCCAAAGUUUUUGAGGAAAUCCGUUUAAAUGACGACGAUGUAUGCGAUUGUUUGCCUCCUUGUUCUGAUACGUGGUACGAGCCGGAAAUUUCAUACGCUUCCUUUCCUGGACGCGGAUUCAACAGAACAAGUACUUACAAACGAAUAGAGAGGAAGCGCAAGAUUGGCCCUGGUGUGGACAUGACUGAAUAUUUGAAGUCCAACGUAGCAAUGUUGCACGUCUAUUAUAAGGAAAAAACGGGCAUGCGUUAUAGGACGGAUAUUCGCUUCGGCGCUGCAGAUUUUAUCGCUUCGAUAGGUGGUCUUUUGGGUCUCGGACUUGGCAUGAGCUUCAUCAGCGUCAUUGAAAUCCUUUAUUAUGUUUUCUUUCGACGAUUAUUUCUAUGGCAACGUGUGAAGUUGUCACGCCUAACGAUGCGUGUGACACGUAUUCUAAGUAGGAAUACAAGACAGGAAACGAAAGACAAUCCACGUUCCUUGGAAGUUACCGAAAAUAAUAAUGUCUGGCCAUCUUCAGCAACCUUAUCCUCAUCAAUUGCUACCAUCUCUUCUUCUAGUUUCGACAGGCAAAUCCCUUUAACGCGCCGUCACUCACUCAAUUUGCCUCCACAUUUGCAGAAGCGACUAAGUAAAUAUUAAAUUUCCUAUCGUGAUUGCGGUUAAUACAAUUUGUUCAGGAAA